ACGGAACAUCAACGUAGAGUAUUCCAAGAAUUAACGUUCGAGGAAUGACACUAAUCCUCGUUGACCCAUCGACUGCAAGUCUAGUUCCAGUUGACGAAGAAGACGGAAUACGUGCCAUUGAAUGCAGACAGACGAGUUUCUUCAAACAGAAUCACCUAUCAACGUAAAAAUGAUGGAAUUUCCUGGCAGGAUUUAUUUAAGGGCUGAAGAUGACAUCCACUCUGCCGAACAUCAGACCAAGCUGAAUAAGUGGAUUUUAGAAUUCCAGAGAUUGAGCCGUGAAUCGUUUGUUUUCCCAGAAAGGGGCAUUCGCAGCUUUGGCUACAUGUUCUUCGCGAUCGGUCUCAUAUUAAUGAUUAUUCAGAUUACCCUGUCUUCUAUUCAAAAUGUUUACAUUCCAAGUCUUCUCGGUUCGGGAAUUUGGAUUGGAUUGCUAAGUGUGGCGACUGGUGUUGUCGGAAUCUAUGCUGCCCAACAGAAGAGCACUAGAAACUUGUUGGAUUUCAUGGUAAUGACGACAGUUCUCAACAUAUUUUCGGCCAUGGUAGUUAUCUUAAAUACCAUUGGACUUGAAAUGUACUCAAGGUUUUGUGCGUCUGGGAGAGCAAAAGAAUGGAUUGGAGAAUGCGGAGAAGCCACUGUAAUUCUGCAAUCUAUUUUGGUAUUUCUAAACGUGUUACUGUUUUUGUCAACUGCCUGUUGUGGUGGUUUUGUCGGUAGAACGCUCGACAUGUCCUUUCAACUUCGAACACCACCGCUAGUGGUAUAUUACAGCCAGAAUCCAAUCGAGCAAAUAAUCCAAACCGAAGAACAGCAAGCUUCUAAAAGUAGUGAGACCUCAUCGGAAAAUAAAACUUGUCGUGGCGAUAUUGCUAGUGAAUAAUCGCUGUAUUUCAGUUUUCAAACAUAUUUGCUUUGUUAAGUAAUAUGUGAGUUUCAUUAUGCUGUACAGUUAUGCACACUUAAUUUCGAGCUUGCAUUUAUUUACCACAAAAACUGAUUUUUCAACAGGUAGGCCUCCUUUUCAUUUAAAAAUUGCGCCCUCUUUAUCUAAGAGUUGCCGGAUGUUUGAUAUAAGUUGUAUCUAUGUCAUCAGCAAUUACGUCAUUUCGUUGUCAUUUAUAAUAAAAAGAACUUUAAAAACU